ACCUUCGGGUCUUCGCUUCACUUUCACGUCGGCUUUAUUUUUAAGCGGCGCCACAAUACCCGAGUGUGUAGUAUUUCUGGUAAAAACUUGUAUGAAAAACUGAAAAUAAACGUCCUAUAUUGGUUCAUCCAUGCCGCUCAAGGAUCAGUCAAACUCGACGGUCAUGAAACCGGCAGUAGAUGAGAUGUUUCCGGAGGGCGCGGGACCCUACGUUGAUUUGGACGAGGUUUGUUAGCUUAAUGACUGAAUUUCACGUUAGCUCAGUAAUAGAUUCAAACAGCGAGUUUACACAGGUACAUUUUCCCUAACGUUGUUUUCCUGUCCUUAUUACCGCUUUCAGAAACUCAACUUGUAGUUCAGUUCAACCUUACCUGCGACAUUAUCACACUAACGCCAAUUCAGCGCUAGUUUGUCGAACGUUACAUUCUCCAAAGGUUAUUAUUGUUUGUAACGGUCAUUUUUUUAACGGUUAUCUGCUAUUGACGGCCAUUAUUUGAAGAGUUUUUCGUCACGGUUUUUUUUGGAAGUGGCUUUAACUGUUCACUGUUGCUGCUCUUCAUGGGUAAAGGUUAAUUGACAAUACUUUCAUUGGCACGAUAAAUUUGAGUAGGGGAGAGUGGGGUAAGUUGAGCCACCCAUGGUCAAAGAAAUUGAUCAUGUGACCAAAUAUUUAGGAGAUGGGCAUCAAUUCAUGGAGUCUGUGAAGGUUAGAAGCACAUGGGUGAAGGGGUUAGACAUUUAUUUACAAAAAAACCCCCAACAUUUUUCACUCUUGAAAGUGAAUUUAGUUUGUCUUAAGUUUUAUUAGAAUUGUGUUCAGACCAAAAAAGAUCAUUUUAAAUUUGUUUUCUACAUCAGUUGUGGUAUCUAUGAGCUACAACAUGAGGUCAAAAACCGAGCAUAAAAGUCCACCAUUUUAGUUUAGAGGACUAAUAAAGUCAUAAUAGUGGUUCUGGGUUAACAGAGAAAGUAAAGGAGUCUGAUGAGAGGAUCAGAGUUUCAGUUCAGAUUGUUGAAAUGUUUUUACUUUUUCUUUUUAAAAAUACAGCUGUGAAUAUUCUGAAUCACUUAAAGGCAUUCUCAUGUUAAAAUGGAUUUAUACAAAACAGCUUUUUAGCAGUUAUGCAAUGAUAAUAGAAAUAAUUAUUGUACCAGUUGAAUAGCAUAUAAUAGAUAAAAAUACACAUGAAUGUGAAGAAGUGACUGUUAUUUAGGGAGAGAGAAGGUGAGGGAGGGCUGAGGUAGUAGAGAUACGGCUCAACUUACCCACUCCUAUGGUCAACUUACCCCAUACACAGGGUAAGUUGACCAAGGGAGACCACUUUUUUUUGGCAUGCUAUAUCAGUGUAAACAGUUAUGUUUACACUCAUUCUGUUGGUUUGCAGGGAUGCACAACAUCUUGAAAUAUAUCCAGAUACACUAGUUAGAGACAAAACUAUGAUUGACUUGAUGUCGUGAUCCAAAAUAUGAAAAAUGGCUCAUCUUACCCCACUCUCCCCCACGUUUUUAUUUCAUUUUAAGAAUUUUCACUGUUUUAUCAUUUACAUUUUAUAGAUUAAAAAAAAGACAAAAUAGACUAUGAUAGCAUUUAUAAGUGGAAAUAUCACAUUUAAACAGAGUUUGUAAGAUAACUAAACAAAACCAUCCAGUUGAGUUGCUGGUAAACUUUUUACUGACUUCUCUGGAUUCUUUCUGUGCCUCUGAGCUGCAUGAUUGUCCUCUGGCAGGCUGGGGGAAGCACAGGACUGCUGAUGGACCUGGCUGCCAAUGAAAAGGCGGUUCACUCAGACUUCUUCAACGGUAAACAACUUUUUAAAAAACAUUUACAACUUGCAAUGCAUUACCUUCGCAUGCCACAGACUAAGAUUUCCAACAGUGUAAAUCUUUAAAGGAAUUAAUUCUUAUUUUUUAAAGAAUUUAUACAUUACAACUGUAUCAAGCAUUUUGAUAAUCAGACGUCAGGAAAAAUUGGAUCUGAUGAGAAGAUGCAGGAAUUUCUGAACAGACUUUAUUUUAGGAAGUUUAAAGUUUGAGUGGACUACUGAACUGAUUGACCUGUAUUUGUCUGCGGUCACUUAACCAUAACAUGAAUGGUGUUUGAGAGUAAACUGCCAAAAGUUCUGUGUGGCCCUACACCCUGUAAAUACUACCGCACCAUUAGUUUUUGGUGUGUGGUGAUACAUGGAGUGAUAUUUGAGACAGUAGGUAGAGAGUACACUUUUGCUGCAAAUGUUUUUCUAAUUGGAUACCCUGUGUUUCACCAAUGCCAAGAUGAAACACUUUAUUACUCCAGUUACUGCCCUCACCUGUUGAGAGUUAGGGGCCAGUAGUUACUGAUCAGCGUUGUUACAUGCAUUUUUUCUACUUCUCUGGCAAAUAAGUAGCUGGUUUAGUGUGACCACUGGUUGUUAAUUGGUGUUUCAGAUUACUAACAUUCAAACUGUGGUCUUGCUCCAAAACUAGCCAUGCCUGACCCAUUGUCUAUCAGUCUGGCAUUUUUACUCAGGUGAAACUUGGUGUUUUAGUAAUAAGACUUUUAUAGUGUUUGUCAAACAAAUAAAAAACAUAUAAACUGUUCAAAAGACCCACCAAGACCACUUACUUGUUUAUAGUUUGUUUUUCUCACUGGCUGAUCAGGGUUUAUUUGUAUUCGAUUUUUCUUCUCAGGUAAUUUGAAGUGAGCAGAGGAGGAGUCUGACAUCUUCAGUGAAGAGGUUGUCACUCAGGGGCAGAUUGAAUCUAUUAACUCAUUAUGUUUUUCCACCCUUGGGCGUCGGAGUGCUGCUGAUUCCACAGCAGGAAAUCUCUUUACUGGCCCUGAAACAUUCCUCAUGCCUCUGCCCCCCUUUUUACUAACUGUGUUUUAUAAUGUAGUGUGAUCUCUGUCCUGAGGCACAGCUACAUCAAACAGCCACGACUUCAUGCCAUAUGUGACACAGGUUCAAGGCAGACUGCUCAGCGGGAGCUCUGUGUAUGUGUGAAUGAGGCUCAUUUAGGGUGCCAGGCUUUAUUCCCCCCUUCAGAUUGAGAUGCGUGCCAUUUCACCGUCUCCAGGCGUUUUGAAAGCAGCCCCAGAUCCCCCUGGCCUACAUUUGUAACAGGAUUUCAAACGUUCAUUUGGUUAAACAAUCAGUGUCAGAAUGCUUCAGUUCAGUCACAGUCACAAAAGUAAAGCUGUUGUGACAGUUAAUGCUAAUUUGCGUCACUUGGUGUCACUUCACACCAUGUAGGAGUAUUUAGGCUCUCACCAGCCCUGUAGGAUAGAGAAGUCAAAGGAAUAAGAAAAAUCUGUGAUGGUUUACAAAUUUUUCCAUUAUGCAAUAUGAAACUGUAGCACUGAAGUAUAAAUACUCAUUUUCUCUAUUUAAAGCAUGAGCCAAUGUUCCUUUAAAUUUGAUCGGAAGAACAGUUCUUUUGACUGUACUGAAUCUUUAGAAUCCGUUCAUUAAAAGGAUUCGUUCAAAAAAUUCGUUCACUGAAUCAGUCAGUGCUUCGGAGCCCCAUCCUGCCGGUGCAGUACACAGUGAGUGACACAGCCGCAAGUUCGUUUAUUGAACUAGCCCCCCCCCUCCCAGCUGCUGAAGUCACAGCAUCAUUCACUGGGUGACACGUGUCGUUCAUUUGCCAAGUCCUAAAGGAAGAAUCACUCCCCUGCCCUGAAAAACUCACCUCUCUGUGUAUCGCUGACGGUGAAAACAACACAGCAGCAAGCAGCAUGCCCGCUAAACAAACGCGAGUUGCUUUAAUCAGGAACAAAAUGUGGUUUCCUGUCAUGUGCUGUCAGAUUUUUUAUAUUUUGGGUGUUUGAUGACACCUUUUAAAACAGUCUGUCUGCUAACAGUCUUCAUCAGAAGGAGCUGUGGAUAAUAAACUGAGUGCUGGUUCUUAAGAGUCGUUCGUUUCGUUCACCAUACAGGGGGCUGUAAAUCUUCUGUUCAUGUACUGAUACAUGUCGUUCACUUACUGAUGCAUGUCGUUUACUGACUGACGUUUUGUUCACUGACUGUUUCGUCCACUGGCUGUUUCGUUUCGUUCACUGACUGUUUCGUUCACUGACUGAUACAUGUCGUCCAUUCGCUAUGAGUGAAUCACGAGACUCCGCCCGUCUGCUCACUCGCUGGCUGGCUGUGUGUCGUUCGCCAAAGAGUCAAAGGCGGCAGUUCCACUCCCGACCGGCGUGCCAGGCUCACGGUUGAGCUCAACUGAACUGAAAAAGGAACGAAUCAGGUCUCGGAGUGAUUCAGUUCACGUUGUUUACUCAGCAGUUCCGUACUUUUGAAUGAAGUGUUUAUUAACGACACAACACUAUCUCAAACCCUGGACUGUCCACUGUGUUGGACAGUCAGGUCUGAGUCUGAGAGUUUGAGAGUUUGAGUCUGAGUCCACUUGUUGUCGACAUUGUGUUUCUCAACUCCAACUCUUGUUUUGUGUCUAAAUUGCUAAUUAUACAUCAAGACCAAAAGACUGUAUAACACAUGGAGUUUGGCUCCCUGACAUUACCCAUUGGUUUCUAAAGAAGUGUGAUGUUCAUGCUGUAAAUUCUGGCUCUAACUUGUUCUGACUGCUUUAGAAAUCAGCCAAGAGUUGGAGUUAAGUCCACAGCCUUCCCACCUGGCAAACAGCGACAACCCAUUCACGUCAGUUAUAUCAUCUACAUCUGCAAUUAUGCCUCAUAAUGCACAAACUCAUGAGUCAUGUAAAAAUCAACCCUCAGCCAAAAUGAACAAAAUGAGGUUUAUGGACUAAAGCUGUGAACGUAAAAAUGGGCUUUUUCAAGACGGGCUCUAAUAGGGAUUCCUGGGCUUUUGGAGCCAGCCUGGAGUGGCCACUCCAGCAGCCACAGUUUUUGCACUUCCAAACUAACUUCAUUUUUUAGCACUUAGAGCUGCUGCUCGACAACGACCAGCAGUUUUCAGUAAAUGGUAAACGGACUGUGUUUAUAAAGCGCCUCCUCUAGUCUUCUGCGUACUCAAAAUGCUUUUUACCCAUUCACACACACUAAUGGUAAAGGCUGCUACGUAUAGAGUUCAUCAGUUUUUGACCAGUUCCAUUCACACACCAUGAGGUACAGCUAGUUAGGGCAGGUGAGGUCAAGUGUUUGUAACCUCAGCAUGUGUCUAAAACAACUCUAAAAGAAGAGGGAGAAUCUCAGUAGGCCUUUAUUCUCCAGUGUUGAAAUACGACAGAGUGGAGUUUGUAAAUUGAUGUCCAAUGUCACUCAUGUUACUGCUGUAGUUUUUGAAACCUUUUUCUGUUGAUUUUUGACAAGAAAGAAACCAUUUUAAUGUUUAAAAUAAGUCCCUCUUAGAUAUUUCUUUUUCUAUCAGAAUUACAGGAUGAGAGCGACUAACACGGCAGGUUCUGAAAUGAGAUGUUUUACAAUCACAUUUAGACAAAAUGACAGAGGGAAUGUUGUCUCUGGAGCAUACCUGUCUUUUGUUGUGUUUUGUUUUCUUUGCGAAGGCUUUAAUCAGGACCAAAAUGUUGUUUUUCUGUCAUGUGCUGUCUGAUUUCUAUAUUUUGGGUGUUUGAUGACACCUUUUAAAACAGUCUGUCUGCUAACAGUCUUCAUCAGAAGGAGCUGUGGAUAAUAAACUGAGUGCUGGUUCUUAAGAGGUGUUUGCACACAACAUACUGUAUGCUGACUGCCAGCGCAAAAUAAUAGUCUGCUUACAAACAUUACAAUUUGUUGCUUUGUUUCCCUGACUGUCAAUGUUCACUUGAUUGUGUUUCAAAGGUGCAUAUUCAGUUGCUGGUUUUAACGCAAAGAAAUUAAAAAUACACAAAAAUGAUGAUUCUGUUUCGUUUUAAUGAAGAGGGAGAAGAAACAGCAUAUCUGUCUCUCAAAUAUCAUAAAUAAUGCAGAAAAUAAAUACAAGAAACAAACAAACAAACAAACAAAAAAAAAACUGAUGGUAAUAUCAGCUGUUUGUGCAGAGUAAAACAUCGCAGCUCAGACAAAAUUGCAAAAGCUCAGGGCUUGACACUAAAGUAAGGAGCACACAAAGAACUUUUGGGGCACAAUGAAAAUUUAUCAAAUCAUGUGUGUCUUAUUGGUUGACUUAAGUACUAUUAUUUGACAUCAAUUUUAGGUCAAUUGGUCACAUGACAUGGAAGCUAUUGAAGGAAAACAGCCUUUUUUUUUAAGAACAUCAACCAGUACUUUAUUGAUGGUCUCUAUGGUUGAAUAUCCAAUCUAAAACCAACUUCACUGUGGUAUUUACAUGAAAACACAUUUGAUUUUUUUGUGCCCCUAAAUACAUUUUACAAUUCGCACACAUCUAUUUUUAGUCACAAAUGUGAGUGAAACAGUCGCACUGUCAAGCCCUGAAAAAGCGACUGAAUAGUUAAACGAUGAUGGAAAAGUGUGUCAAAUGUAGUUUAUCUUUAGCGGCGGAGGAUGUGGCGUAUAUUCCUAUACAUGUUCAUACAGCACUCCUGCUUGACCUUUGACCUCACAAACUAUCAGAUCCACAGGAAGGCCACUUUGCAGCCCCCUCAGCCCAAGUGUUUCCAGAUCCUUUAACUUUUAUCACUCUGCGCCCCUCCGACCCCCUGACCUAUAACGCUUCUUUAUGAGUGAAGGCCUGGCCUGCAGAAAUCAAUGAAAUACAGCCAGCUGUUAUGUAACGUCUGUGUAAUCAUAAUGUUUUUUGUUUUCCACAGAUUUCGAGGAUCUGUUUGAUGAUGAUGACAUCCAGUGACUUCUGACUUCAGAGUAAAGAUGGAUGAUAUUUGUACCACUCCACAUCAACCUUUUUUUUUGGUGAAAGCAAACCCUCUAUUUUCUGUCUAAUGACAUACAAUUUCCUUUCAUAGCGGUUCUAGUUUCAGGCUUUUUCAAACAUCCUUAAAAAGUCGACAGCGACUCCAGAUGUUGUGAAAUUCUUAAGAUCCCAAGGAUUCCUUCAUAUAUGGUAUGUUAAAAUUAUGAGCUUGUAUCCUGCUCAUGUCUCGGACAGCUCCUGGACUAGAUUGUAGGUUUCUGUGAGCAGGAGAACACCUGUUAGGAGUCUAAUUAUACCUGAUGGACAGAGGCUCCACAUGCUGUCUCUCUUAAACAUGCUGCAAGUGGCAUAAGAUAUAUGAUGGUGUGUUACAGUCGCUUAAAUUAUUCGUAUGACAGUGUGUUUUAGACAUACGUUCUGCAGUGGGUCAUGUUAUGUCAUCAUUUGUACAUACAUGUACAGUAGUAAGACAUCCAUAGUUGUAUUUUUUGAUAGAUUCUACAUGUGAAGCUCUUGAAAAUCAAUAAAUAAUAUUUUGUAUUUAUGUGGAAAAUUAAUGUCUUUAUUUAAAUAGAAAACAUAUUUAACAAGCUGUUAAAUAUAAAUGAGUUAUGUUUCAGCAGGAGUGUGCAGCUUGCACAAAUGGCAAAGUGAUGACUCAGAGUCCCCAGUCAUCGAUCAGCUGAUGAAUCCAUUUAUGUCCGUGCCCAGAAGUGUCGUGGUUAUGAAUAGACUUCUGGAGUGAGGCUUCAAAUCUGCGUAUAACUCAUUCAGGUUUCUCCUGCGUUGGUACGAACAGUGAAGAUAAAUCAGG